UUGAAGUCUAUCGACCUCUUUAAGGUUGCCGGUCUUUUUAAAUUCCGACGUUGAAAAACUUAGAGCGUGUUCAUUAGCUCUUUGCCCUAUGAUUGGAAAUAUAUUCCAUAUUCGCAAGGUGUCAGUUUGGAAUAUUUAUUCAUGAGUAAAUAAAAUAUGUUCAUUUCAUUUUAAAAUGGAGGAUGAAUCUUUCACACAUUCCCCGCCUCCGAAGAAAAUUUGUGUAGAUCAAAAUCUACCAGAACCCUUCACUUUGGAGGAGGUCUCAAAGCUGCUCAAUGUUUGUAUUUACAGACAGGAACUUGCAGCUGUAAAUCAAGAGUUAGAUUUGUUAGAUGAUAUUACAACUAACUACAUUGGAGUAAUGUUAUUGAACAAAGUGUCAAACAGGAGUCGACGACUCGUUCUUUUGCAUUGCCCGUCGACCAUACGCGAAGCACCCAUUUUUGUAUUUACAUUCCUCCAAUGGAAGAAGAGCUGGUUACUAGUGGCAUACAAGAUUCUAGGAUUCUAACUUGCCAAUCAAACAGGAACCUGUAUCCUCAUGUCCAGAGAUCGCCUUGGAUGCUAAACGAGAAGCUUCUGUCUUACAACAGGUCGCUCGUCUCCAUAGAAAAGGCUUGUGGUCUUCUGAUCGUCUACCAAAAGUUAUGGAGCCAAGGUUUGGGAAAAUGCACCAUGUCCACCUUCUUAAUGAGGCUCUUUGGUUGUCAACAGAUUUCCGCGAAGAAAGGAAGUGGAAAAAGGACAUGGCUAGUAGGCUUGCUCGCGCAGCCCAAGUUUAUCUUAUCACACGUCAUGAAUGGAAUCAACAGAUUCAAUACUUUGAAGAACAGUUGAGAAUGAGAAACGCUGCUCGGGUGGCAAAAAUGAUCAAAGAUUGGUGGAGUGGAAUAAAUCAGAGCUUGGAUAUCCUUCGCAUGAAGUUGCACCAUAAACGGUGGCAAUAUGCUUGUAAAGAAAAUCAAGAUUCUGUAGUCCAAUUUUCCGAUACUUCACUAAGCUGGUGGGCUGCUUUGAAGUUUGACUUCAAGAAUGAAAAGUUCCAAAAACCUGAUUUAUUACAAAUUGCUCCUGAUGAAAAGAUCUUGUCAUACGUUGAUGGCGAUGGAGACAUGGAUGAUGAAGACUGGAAGCCAGAAAUAGAGAGUGAAAGUUCUACUGUCUCAGAUAGUUGCAGCAGUUCAACUAGCAGUAGUUUAGCAUCAAGUUUUCUGGAUGACAGCGAUAUUAAUGCCUCGGGAGUCACACCGUACUCACCUUCUGAUCCUUUGUCUUCAGAACAUUACCAUUCUGAAAUGACUACUCCUAUCGCUUUUAAUCAGAAUGACAGACAACUUGGAUUAGAGAAAGGACAAAAGAACCAAGAGAUGCUUCCACACGAUUCUGAUUGUGAAUCCCGAGAUGGUUCAAACGCAUCACACAACGUUAGCACUGAAGAAACUCAAAAAAGUCAGGCAUCACCUGAACCCGGUGAUACUAGUGUUGAGAGCAUUGAAGUGCAACAUUUGGUGUCUGACACAAAAGUUCCUUUGAAUCACCUGCUUGAAACAUAUCUCCAGCAAGGAUUGUUCAUGAGAGAAAAAGUCAAAUGUGAACCCGGAUCUUGUUCUUCAGAUUCAGACACAUCCAACGGCGAAGUUGAUUGUCACACUUAUGUUGAACUUCCAAAGCGCAUUCAAGAAGAAAUCUCAAUUCUUCAGAAGGAAGCAAGUGUGCCUUUACUUGAAGUAUUACCCGCCGGUUACAUGAAUUUUCUCGAAAGCUCUGAUACCCACAAGUGCCCAGCUGAAUGUGCAACUCUCUCUCCUUCGCAAAAGGGUUAUCACCAUUUGGAUGAAUCACCUCAAGUUGAUAAUAAGAUGGAUAGCGGUGGCGGUGAUCCUGAUUCAGCGAGCUCUGUGUCUGAAGCCUCAUCUUUAAUAUCUGGUGAAAACAAUGAGAGUGAUCAACUGUUACAGUCUGAGGAUGCAUGUAGCACAAAUAGCCCUAUGGUUUACGCACCCUGGUGUUCUUCUACACUUCAUUCUGAACCCAGACAUAUAACAGAUUUGCACACAGCUGCUGUUGAAUUACUCUCAUUAAAACUAACCUCUACGGCAAAUAAUGAUUUAAUGAAAUAUAUUUCUGGAACAUGUACUGUAGCUCAUGGUCCGACUCUUCGAAUUCGUUCUCUUCCAACUCCAAAUUUUGGUGCAGCCGUAACAUGGAUGCGACAUGCGUUUGCUCGAUCUGUCCCAGUUCUUCUAUUGACAAACAGUCAUCUAUCAGGUGAUGCUGAGUUAGCUGUUGCUGCGCAUCUUGGGCAACUUGCAGUUGCCGACCCUCGGUAUUAUAUGUCAUCAGGAUAUCCAUCCAGUGAAUUUGCUAAUGAUACAAUCACAGGGGAAUGGGGUCCACAUUUAAUUGUCACUCCCAGCUUGUGUCUUUCCGCUUGGCGUAGACGUCUGCAAAUUUGGUGCCCUGGUCUUCGUGUGACGUGUUUAGGUCUUGCUCACAGAACAGACCGAUCUGGGACUGGACAUCGUCUUCGUGAUAGCGUAGCCCGUGGUGCUGUAAACAUCUGUUUAGUUAGUUAUUCCGCUUUACGUUCAAGACCUAGCCGUUUCACAAGGAUCCAGUGGAGUUCAGUUGUAUUUGACCAGAUGCAACAUAUUAUUCUGCAGUCUUUCAAAAGCUCUGGUAUAAUCUGUACAGAAACACCAAAUCGUCAACGAACUAUCAAAAAGUUACAUUCACAAGAUUUUACUCAAGACGUAACAAGUGACUGUGAAGCUAUCAGCUGUGAUGACAAUGUGACAGAUAGUUUGAAUACAAAGCAGUUUAGUCAUUGGUCAAUUCCUAAAACUUCGGAGUCAAUAAUUCGUCGAAAAUUGGAGUGGUUUGAUUUAAUAUUGAAUAAGUUAGGCCGAAAUGGUCAUCGUUUGUUGAUUAGUUCAUCAGCUGAUCUGAUUUAUCAUAAACACAGUCCAUAUUUAUUGGAUUUAAGUAAACUGCUUCUGUUAACGAAUUUACCAGAUGAAGAGAAUUACAGGUCUUGGUUGAAUGAUUUUUUUGAAGCUGUGAACCUUUCAGCAAGUCAUCGUCGUCCGUGUAGCACGAGUUUGUUGUCAAAGCCAUCAAAGAAACAACUUUUCAAGUUCCUAGAUCCAUUUGUUAUACGUUUUGAUGAUGAAGAGGAAUGGGAUUCAUUUAUCAAUGAAGAGGUUAUUGAAUGUCGUAUGUCUACCAUACAACAAAAGCUUCAUGAUGCUGCAUUAAGCACUAAAGCUGCAGAAAAUGCAAUAAAGACGGGGAAUCUAAUGGAUCUUUUACAGACUGUUUCUAUUGCUGCUCGUACUUGUAGUCAUCCUUGUUUAACAGGAACUCAACCGAAGAACUCACGAAUAUUUCGACGUACUAUAAAUAAUCUACAAACCAGAAAUAAUGCUGCAUAUGGACCAUGUGUAUUUAAUUCUCUUGAGAAAAUAUGUGAUUCAAAUGGAAGCUGUUAUCCAAAUAGUAGCCUUAUCUUCAAUACUCCAGAAUCUGUUUUAUUCGGUGUUAAACUACUUCGACAAUCUGAAUUAUCAUAUACAUCUUGUCAGUAUUUUAAUUUGUUCGAAUCACUGAAGUCAUCUGUAUACGUACGUAAUCGAAUUGCCAGUCUUACACCUCAGUUUAUUGACCUAGUAUCUACUCCGAAAAAGCAUUUCACGCCACCUAGCGGAAAUGUUAGCUUGUCAAAUAGUGUAUCAGUUCCUACGAACUCUUCACCUGUAUCACAUAUUCCAAACGGUAAUUCCAGAGACAGUCAUUUCAAAUCUGAAAAUCACUUAACUAAUGGUUUGCCACAAUCUGAACAACUCAAUUCUGGAAACUGCAUUGAUCCUGAUAUCGAGUUUGUAAGUAUUCCACAAAGACAGAAGCGCCAAAGAGAAAAUAGUAUUGAUCACAGUGGAGUUAGUAAUAAACGACGUCGUAUUGAAGAUACUGAUAUUCCUCGACCUUUUCUCGUUCACUCUAAUAUUCAGUCAUCUAGUUAUUAUCAUGCUUACUCGAAUCGGUCAUCACAGCGUUUGUCGUGCGACUCAAAUAUAUCGUCUGACCAGCUUAGAAAUACCAAUGUGAGUUCAAAUAUAGUAAAUCAUAUUUCAAAUUCGUCAACGCAUAACGUCCUUAGUGAUUCAAAUGACCGCUCAACUGAUAUCAGUGUGAAUGCGAAUGAAUAUCCUUGGCUUAAAGAUAACCAGCGUAAGUGUACUCAGUUAACUGGUUUCGCUGAUUGGUGUUCCUUGGAUACAUGUAAUAUGCUGCGUUUACAUUCUACCACUACUGCUAUGACAAGUAAUAUCAAUUCUUCGUCAGAGAACUCAUCCUUUCAAUCGUAUAAUGUUUUUGCAUAUGAAAAAGAAUCCAGUAUAUGGAAUAUUGUUAAGAAUAAAUUUUCUUUAUUCUGGACAAACCCGAGUAUUUUAUGCACACGGCCUCGUGUUAUUGCAAUGCCUGCACGAUUGACUUCACGUAUUGGACCUGUUGAUCGUGAAUUAUUCAACAAGAACAAAUCUUCAUUAUCAUUAAUUGAUAUACAUUGUCCUCAUGUAUCUUGGCCUCUGUGGAUGCAUCAUUCUACCGUGUUAAAGAUCAGUCAGCUUCUCUACCCAUUAACAGAACAAGCGCGUUUAUUAUCAAUUUCAUCUGUUCCGAAUAUUGGAUUUCAGCCGUCAUUAUCAUCUGUCAUUCUUACUAAGAGUGGUCGUGAUAAUCGUUUAUCGCCACUUUGUCGAUUAUUUUCAGAAUCUGGUAAAUUUUAUCAUCUACAUCAAAAAUUAUCUAAUCUGUUAGGUGUAAAGUUGAAGGGUGAAAAACGUCCACGUUGUAUAUACUUUAUAGCGCAUCAAACAGCUUUUUUAGACUUAUUAGAAGCUUAUUUAUCUGUUUCAUCAUGGAGACUGCUUUGUCGUCUGCGUAUUCCCUCAGAUUAUCAAUCAGUUAGUGCAAAUACAUAUGUUCUACUUGAUCGUAUUAAUUAUUGGCCAUAUGGUACAAUGGGUCCAUUAUUAGUAUUAAUACAUGCACGUAGUCCAGCUUCAUUGUUGGUUAGUUUACGUGCUGAUCCAAGUGUGCAUAUAAUAAUAUGUGAUGUUGAUUGGCGAACAGAAGUGACAGAUAAUUUAAAAGCUAUUAUUCAUAGUUGGAUUUUGAAUGGAUUAUCCACUUUCCCAUCCUCUACUGAAUACAAUAAAGAGUAUAAUUCUGGUCUACAAAAAGUGAAUACUUAUCGUUUAUUGUCAAGUGGUGAUUUUGGUUAUUCAAUUCCACGGAUGACUGUAGAAGCCUGUCUACUACGUGGUGUAGCUUGUCGUCUGUUACCACGAGCUGUAUUUCAUGCUCAUUCUACAACGCAUGUCAAUCGUUCUUCUCUACUAUUUGCACGCGUUCAACCUAAUGUUGUCAAUGGAUUAUUAUCUGGUGUAUAUGCAAGAAAAUUGACACAUCGUUCAUUUAUGCAAAAAAUUAAAUCCGGUGAAUUUGAUCGUUUAGAUAUAUUCAAUGAUCGUAAUUUCUUUACACCUAUUAAACAGGAUACAUUGUCUUGUUCAUCAACCUCAUCUGUCGCCUCAUCAUUCUCGUGCACAGGUCCAGAUAAUCGAUUAGAUGAAUUUCGUAAUGAGAGAACAGGUGAAGAAGAUGAUGUUAUAUUAUUUCAGGAAAGAGAGCCAUUAAGUGAACAACUUCUGCAUCGGGCUUUAGAACUUUUUGAAGAUCCAGCUGAUACCCAAGCAUGGUGUUGUACAAAUGCAGAGAGAAAAGCUAUUGCCAAUGAAUUUAUUCCUAUUGAAAAUGAAAUCGAUGAUUAUUAUUCACUGAGCAGUAACAGUAACAUAGACAGUGAUAUUGAAGAUGACGAGGAUGAAUAUCAGAAUGAGGAUGAAGAUGAUGAUGAAAUUGAUGAUUCUGAAGAAGAUAUUAUUAUUAAUGAUGAAUUCAUCACUAGUGAAUUAAAUACAGAUUUUAUGCAAUCUAUAGAAGAAUACAAGGAAAAUUCUCAGUCGGACUUAUCAAAACAAGCAGGUUGUAGUAAUUUACUUGAAUGGGAAUUUGGAAAUUAUGAGCUUUUAACGCGUAUCUCAGAUCUUGAAGAUCAAUUAUAUCCAUUGGACAGUGAUUGGUUAACUUAUCAUUAUUCUGUUCAUGAGAAUUUUACACCUGAUCAGUGUGAACAACAACUACAACAACCACAGGAUGUAGAAUCUAGUUCACAAACAUUUCCGCCUUCAUUAACACUCUUUUCUCAACUUCCAGUAUGGUGUCCUUUUGAAUCACAUCUAAAAUAUCUACAUACAGAAUCAAAUGCCUCAGAGUCUUCUCUCCUUCAUUUGACAAAUGAGUGUGAAUUACCACUACCUGGUGAAGAUUCAAAUGAUUGGAUAUCAAGUAAUCUUGAAUUUGAUUGGGGUUAUGAAACUGUUCCUAUGGCAGAAAGUGAACUUCCACCUUUGAUUAUUGCACCAGUUGUACAGAAUAAUAUAACUUCCAGUGUUACUACUACUACUACUAACAAUAAUACUAGUAGUAGUAUUACUAAUAAUGAUAUAAUGGAUGGACAAUUAGCAAGACGGCGCCCAAUAGUAAAUCAUUCAUCAUUGUCAUCUCGAUCAAUGAAUGAUAACAAUGUACAUAUAUCAACAUAUCGAAGUGGUUCGCGAUUGAAUAAUAAAAAUCUUAAACGGCGUACACUAUCAACUAAUAUCAACUCUAGUCCUCGUAAAACUGCUUCUUAUCCUACUCUAGAUGAUUCUUCAACUGCUCAUGGAGACACUAACUUCACUGGUGCUUCUGACGAAAAUGAAUCCAGAAGUCAGGAUAAUCGUGUGAUAGGUUCACAGUCAUCACGGGAUUCCACGCCUUCAGGAGGAACAACUUCAACAACAACAGGAGGUGGUAGCAGUUGUAAUGUACCUCCAACUUCAGGUGCUUCUAGUGCCAAUAGUUAUGCCAACAAUUCAAUUGUUCUUAUGUUGCAUUCUCAAGGAAGUAAUGCUAGUGGGAAUUCUGCAAGUUUAAAGUUACAUAUCCCUCGAGUAUCUUAUAACAAAGAUGUGACUAAUGCCCGUGUUCAUCGACUUCGGCGGAUGAAUAAUAUAAAUGUUGUGUCAGGUUCAGAUGCAGCAGCAGCAGCUAUGGCUUUGGCUGCUGGAGCACAAUUAUUCCAGCAACAACAACAACAACAACAGUUGAAUCCAUCUGGAUUAUAUCAUGAGCAUAAUCAGCAAUUAGCAAAUGCUAUGGCAGCUGCUACACAGGCAUUUAGCCCAUGGAAUUCGUUUAUAUCGAAUCCAGCUGUUUUGGCACGUUACGGACAAGUAAAUUAUCAACCAGGAGCAGGUAAUGCGACACCGGGACGUCAUCUUCCAUCAGCUCUUCAAAAUCUUAUGCAAAUGUCGAACACUUCUCAGUUCCCUGUAAUGAAAUAUUCAGCUGGUGGGAAUGGGGCUGUUGUUGUUGGUGCAGCAAAUUUUCCUUUGAACAAUACGUCUCCAUCAUUAGUUGGUAUUAAUGUAAAUGGGCAGUUGAAUACUCCUAUUAAUAAUGCUGGUGCCAAUACUACAGCUCCUAUGAAUAAUAAUUCAACACAAUUAGCUAAUCAAUUAUAUGUGGGUAAACAACCAGAUUGGCUGAUUUAUGAAGAAGCAGCUUUGUAUUUAUGUAUUACAAAACUUCUAGAUUUAAACUUUGAAAUGAAUAAUUCAACUACUUCUUCUGGUACAUCAAUGCCGAAUUAUCGUUUCGCUGAAUUUUUCUUAAAUAACUAUCUACCUAAUCGAUGUUUUCGUGGUGCACGACAAUGUUUACUGGCUCAUUUUAAAAUGCAAAAUAUUAUUGCAUCAGCUAAUGCUGCCGGAGUAUCGACAGCAUCUACCGGUGGUGGUGGUGGAUCUCCACUGAAUAGUCCUUUUGGAAUUAAACCAGAAGAAAUGUCUCAUCCAACUACAGCAAAUGCAGCUUCUGGCAUUCCUCAUGGGCCAAGUAGUCGUAAAGUGAAAAACAAGAUGAAAAGUGCAGCUGUAGCUGCAGCAGCAGCUGCAGCAGUGGCUGGAAUGUCAAUGUCAUCCGGUGGGGGUGGUGGACCGGGAUGUCCUGGUGUUGUUAGUGGAUGCGGGGGAAAUGCUGCUGGUGCAAACUCAGCUGUAGCAGCCGCUGCUGCUCUUAAUCGAUACAGAGGUUAUCUUUUUUAUCAGCAUUUACAAACCUGGUUCAAUAUGUUGCCGCAGAAUACAAGUGAAGGCAAUAAUACACAAACUGAAUCCAAUCCCUCUGUACCACCAUAUUUAUCCCCAGUUAUUCAUGCUAUGAUAUAUAAUGAAGACAUCCAAACAUCAUGCUUACAUAAAGCUAUACGAGAUAAAUUAUCCGUACCCUCUGUACAAAUGCAUUCAACAUUUCGUUCGUCUGGUUCACGUAGAACAGGUGUUUCUGGUAACACUGGAGGUAAUAUCACAGGAGCAGCGGCUUCAUCAAAUUUGGGUUAUCAUUCAAGUGGAAGUGGUCCAUCUGCUGGACACUAUGCACAUUAUGGUCUUCAUUCAUCAUCAUCAUCAUCUGGUUCUGGACAACUUUCGCAUAAUUUGACAGGUCACCCUGCAUCCACUGCACCAGCUUUACUUACGCAUCACCGACAUCGUCAUCAUUCGACGUAUGAUCAUAGUCAAGGUCAGAAUUCAAGUGUUUCAACUACUGAGGCUGGUGGUGGAGUAAUCGGAUCAGUGAGUAGUUUAAAUUCAAACACUGGAUCUGGUACAACUGUUGUUCAUAGUGGUCCAAUAAUUCAAAAGAAUCCUACUCACAUAGCUGCACUUCAAGAGCAUAAUAUCAAUCCAGACACUUUGAUUACACCUGCUAUGGUCAUUAAAAAUAAAGAAGAAAGAGAAGCUCGCCAGCGUGCUGAAGCAGCUGCAGCAGCGGCAGCGGCAUUAUCAGCUUCGAGUCAAGCCAACGCAUCUGCCACAUCUACUAGUUCUCAGAUUUCUACAUCAUCCGCAUCUGCUGAUUCGGGUACUUCUCAAAGUGAUGCCAUCACAUCAGAUCCCUCAAAUUCACAGAAUACAGAAGGUGUGGGUGUAAAUUCUCAAAGUUCUCAUCCAUCAUCUGAUCACGUGAUUAAAACAUCAGCAAAUUAUACUAGUGCUUCCAGUGAGUCGACAACCUCAUGUAAUCUUUCAACAAAUUCCUCAACUGUUCCUCUUCCUACAACUUCAAUUUCAAGUGGUGGUCGGGCAAGUGCACAGUUGUCAUUUGCGCAUAAUUUAUCUCAAAGAGCAAACAGUGUAAUGCUACCAAUUCGUUCCAGUUUUAACAGUAAUACUGGUACUUCAUCAGGUACUGUAUUAUCUUUUACUGGACAGCAACCACAACAACGUUUAAUCAGUGUACAAAACACUUCUUCGUCUCCAUCAACUGGUCAUUAUCAAUUUCAACCUCGUCAAACUUUAUUGCAUUCUUCAGUUGGUCGUUUAACUCAAUUAACACCAAGCGGAUCAAUCAGUAAUACUCAACACGUAUCUCCAUCUAAUAGUCAUCAUGUAAUAUCAUCUAGUUCAGGUGGUUCAUCGUCACCAGAUGAUAAUGCACCACGGAAUAUAGACUUAACUUCUAGUAAUAUUUUAAUUCCUGGUAACUGGCGUACAGCGUCUAAUUCACGAUCACUUAAUGUUCAAACGAUUGUUUCAUCUACACCAACUGUUCUCCGACGUUCUUCCACAUUCACGGGCAUUAGUUUAGCUGGUCAGUCGAAUAGUGGACUUCAAACUUGUCGGCUUAAUCCUGCAACAUCUAGUGUUUCUCAGAGUUUGUCAACCGCUUCAUUCACUGGUACUUAUAUGAAUACACAAAUUGCGAAAAUUCCUAAUUCCCCUUCUUCCUCAGCACAGUCGAACUUCUAUGUACAACAACGCCCACAAUUCUUGUCAACUGCACAAACUUCAAUGUCUUCACCUACUCGUGGUGUUUUUACACCACCGUCAAAUGUUGCUGUAAUCCCGAGUGUAUCAAGCAGUUAUUCGACCCCUGUUACACAUUUACCUCAAAUUCUUCGUCCUAGAAAUACAAUUCGUGGUUCAGUUGUCCAACCAGCUUUUGUCCGCACCAUUCCUGUUAGUAGUGGUAAUGCUGCUAGUGGGGGUUCAGGCGGUUCAGUUGUUCCUGUCUCAACAACACAACUUGGAACUCGUCUAUCACCUAGUGUAGGUGUUUCUGCAUCAAAUAUACUUCAUGGACGUGUCACUACCCUCACUGUCUCCUCAAAUAAUCCAUCCGUUGCUAAUAUUCUUAACUCACGUACCGGAACACAGCAUAGUAUAUCACCUACUGUCUUUCAGUCGUUAAGGACAUGCAUUUCAGGAGGUGUUAAUAAUCCUCCUGGGAAUAAUGAACAGCCUCAUCAAUCGUUGUCAUAUGGCGGCAGCACUGGUGGGGUUGGUGGUGGUAAUAAUAAUAACAGUAGUAGUAAAUCAUAAAAUCUUUGUUAUUUCGUCAUAUCCCUUUUUUGCAUGGAAAUGUACUCAGACACAUCUUUCCUGAUAUUAAUAUACUCCUUCUUUGAACCAGUAAUUAUGCAAUUUCAUUCUUUUGUAUAUGGUAAUCAAAUUAGUCAGGGUUUGCUUUUUUUUCCUCGUCCUCUUCUCACUAUUCACACACAUGCAUCAGUUACUUAGAUUACCUCAUCAACAUAUUCACUUUUGAAUGGGAUAUAUAUAUAUAUAUAUACCUAUUUAUGUGCUAAAUACUUGUCAACAGCAUUUGUCGAUCUCCCUUUGUUCGUCCAAUGUAUCCAACCUUUUACUUAUCUAUGUAUGCUUUUAGAUGCUAUUUGCUUUUUGUUUUUGUUUUUUUUUUUACUUUUCAUUACACAUACGUAUUUGUUAUGCUGCAUAUAUUUGUCCCAUUUUGUAUAUUUCAUUCUCUGUCUACUACUAAUGUGAAGUAGUAGUACUUUUACCGUUUGUUGGUUUCCGCCCCGCCCCCCCCUACCUUCCCGUUUUUUUGUUUUUGAUCAUUCAUUGUGUAAAUUUCUGCGUCUUCUACGUGUUUGAUGAGCUAUAUUUAUAUCUGUUAUUUUUCAGUCUCCUCCGAUAACUCUGUAUUCUCCCCAGCGUUCAGUGAAAGAAAUAUAUACAUAUAUUGCUUUGUCUUGG